AUGGAUCCGUUGCGGGGACGGACCCUCAGCAAAGACAUUUCCUGGAGUGUCGUCGAAAUCCUUCUAGGUCAGGAAUGCGACAAAAGUUUCGACGAUGGAAUCAUGAAUUUCGCUGGUGCGAUGCUCGUCCUGACCUUCACGGCAGUAUCCGGAGUCAGUGGGCGACCGACCGGCGGAUCGGAACCCGUGGAGAAACUGCGCUUCUUGGAAGAGUGGUCACUCUACGAGGUUGUGCCCGCCGAAAGUACGCUAAAACUGAACUGUACGGCAGACGGAGCCACGAAUUAUACGUGGACCUACGAAAACGAGCCGAUAAAACGUAUCUUCAAUAAACCGGUGCUCAUAAAUGGCGCGGUGCUGCAGCUGCCCUCCAUGACCACGCACGAUCAAGGAACUUACAAGUGCGAAGCCUGGAACGCUCAGGCUUCGAAUUCGCGGGAAAUCAUAGUUGAAGUCAGCGAUCUUUCGAAUAGGAAUCCUGUCAUAUACGAGAAGAAUCUCCCGAAUCAGACAAUCUUCAAAGGGGAUAACAUAACCUUUGAGUGCGAAGCCGUGUCCGCCUUGGCACCCCACUUCCAUUGGCUUUUUUUCCAAAGAAGAGGAUCACAGAUGGUUACCCUUGUCACCUUCCAGACGAGCAAAACUCUCGAGCUGACCAAUGUUUCGACGGAGAACGAAGGAUUUUAUACGUGCGCGGUGACCAACGCCGCCGGCUUCAGCGAUCACGAGUUCUAUCUGUCAGUGCUGCCGGUUCCAAGACCGACCGUAGCAGCUCCUGUCGCCCUCGAUCACAAACAAAUUUUCCUCGCGAUGCUCAUGGCAUCGGUCCUUGUUUGUGGGAUUGUGAUCUUCUGUGCCCGACGGAGGAGUAGAAAAAUCGUCAAGAGCAAGGACCUGCAGAUGCAGAUGUUGAAGCAGCAAGUCUGCGUUCUGAAGAAGCGUAUCACCCUCGAGUACAUCAAUGGAGAAAUCAAGGAACUGAGCGGCGAGUGCAGCUCGUCAUCGGUGACAACGCCCCUGACGCCUCAAGUUAAGAUAACCUCAUACCCCACCCAAGUAGCACUCGCGGACAAACAACAGUCAUUCUUUGAGUAUGAAUUGCCUCUGGACUUGGCAUGGGAGUUUCCUCGGGAACGACUUGUCCUGGGACAAGCGUUGGGUGAAGGGGCUUUCGGACAAGUAUUCAAAGCGGAAGCCUACGGAAUCAAGGAGGAUGAAGCGCGGACCGUAGUGGCCGUGAAGAUGUUGAAGGAAGGUCACACCGACCAAGAAAUGAUCGAUCUCGUCUCUGAAAUGGAGGUGAUGAAGGUGAUCGGAAAACACAUCAACAUCAUCAAUCUGUUAGGCUGCUGCACGCAGGACGGCACACUGUACGUCAUCGUGGAAUAUGCGUCUCAUGGGAACCUUCGAGACUAUCUGCGAAGUCAUCGACCGUCUUCCGGUUACCUCGAGCCUCUUGGUGGAGGCGAUCAGCCAUCAGAGAAAACACUCUCACCGAAGGACCUCACUUCCUUCGCCUUCCAAAUAGCGAGAGGGAUGGAAUAUCUGGCUUCGAAGAACUGCAUUCACCGAGACCUUGCUGCACGGAACGUGCUCGUUGUAGGGAAUAUAUGCAAGAUCGCCGAUUUCGGCCUCGCGAGAGACCUUCACGAUAACGGAUACUAUCGGAAGAUAACGAACGGAAUGCUGCCUUUAAAAUGGAUGGCACCGGAAGCUUUGUUCGAUCGAGUUUAUACCUCGAUGAGCGAUGUGUGGUCGUUCGGUAUCCUGCUGUGGGAAAUCAUGACGUUAGGUGGAACUCCGUACCCAUCGCUGCCUCCGAACAAGCUCCUCGAUUUCCUGACUGAGGGAAAACGCAUGGACAGACCGCUAAAUUGCCCCCUCGAAAUGUAUAUCAUCAUGCUGGACUGCUGGCUCUGGAAUCCGAACCAGAGGCCGUCUUUCUCCACCCUCGUCCGGCGGCUGGACUCGAUUCUUCGGCAGACCUGCGCCGAGCUCGAAUACUUGGAACUCAGCCAUCCGAGUCAGGAGGAGAGCGAUCCGGCUCCACCGAAACGAUUCAUUAUCGACCGACUCAAUUUGAGAGCGUCACAACCAACGGCUUUCGAACAGCAGGAGUAUUUCAUGCGACAUUCGUGA